CUGCAGUACAGAGAGCUUCUAAAGUUAUUGCCGCUACUUUUGUUCUGUUGUGUCCGAAACAAAGUCUCGCACUCUCACGACGACGACGUUUCAACUCACAUUUUCGACGGUGGCUCACGAUCCGCCACCGUCCGAUCUCCUCCUCCUCCGUUUCCAGAUCUGAAAUCUCUCUCCGAUAACAGUUAUCUUAUAACCUGAAGUGACAAUCAAGGUGAUUUGAAACAGUUAUUCCUGGACUGAAGGAGAACCGGAGAGAUAUGGAAGUCAACAAUUGGCAUAAAGAACUUACAUAUGAUAAUUGGGCACCUAUUACUGUAUCUGGUGCACGUCCACCCGCUCGCUACAAGCAUGCAGCAGCAGUAGUUGAUGAAAAAUUAUACAUUGUCGGUGGAAGUCGUAAUGGUCGGCAUUUGUCAGAUGUUCAGGUUUUUGACUUGAGAAGUUUGACGUGGUCUUCUCUAAAGCUAAAAGCUGAUACUGGGAAAGAUCAUGACAACAGUUCACAGGAAAAUCUGUCAGCCAUAUCUGGUCACAACAUGAUUAGGUGGGGGGAGAAACUACUUAUUCUUGGUGGCAAUUCAAGGGGUUCUUCUGAUACAUUAACAGUUCAAUACAUUGACAUUAAAACGUUCCAGUUUGGAGUUAUUAAAACUUCUGGAAGUGUUCCAGUAGCCCGUGUGGGACAGUCUGCAACACUGGUUGGUUCAAGAGUGAUAUUGUUUGGUGGAGAAGAUAGGAGCAGGAAGCUGUUGAAUGAUGUCCAUGUUCUCGAUCUUGAAAGUAUGACUUGGGAUAUGAUAAAGACUUCGCAGACACCUCCAGCUCCUAGAUAUGAUCAUGCAGCUGCUAUGCAUGGGGAACGGUACCUUAUGAUUUUCGGUGGUUGCUCUCAUUCUGUCUUCUUCAAUGAUCUUCACUUAUUAGACUUGCAAACUAUGGAAUGGUCCCAACCACAAUCUCAAGGUGAUUUAGCAUCUCCCAGGGCUGGACAUGCUGGUAUCACCAUUGAUGAAAGCUGGUUCAUAGUUGGUGGUGGCGAUAACAAAAAUGGUUGCCCAGAAACCCUGGUCUUAAACAUGUCUAAACUUGUUUGGUCAGUAUUGAAUGUUGUGAAGCAAAAAGAUCCACUUUCUAGUGAGGGUCUUAGUGUCUGCUCAGGAUUGAUUGAUGGUGAAACAUAUCUGUUUUCUUUUGGUGGCUACAAUGGGAGGUAUAGCAAUGAGGUUUUUGUUAUGAGACCCAAGGAAAAGGACACCUUGCGUCCCAAGAUUUUCCAGUCACCGGCUGCCGCAGCCGCAGCAGCUUCUGUUUCUUCUGCUUAUGCAUUGUCUAAAUCUGAGAAGUUGGAUUUCAUGCAACUAGAUGAUAUAAAUCCCAAGUCAUCUGUAAAUGGUCAUCAUCAAGAUGAUGCCACAGUUAAAAUUGAAGCCAUUAAAGAAGAAAAGCGCUUAUUGGAAUUGUCAAUUACAGAAGUCAGGGCCGAAAAUUCUAAGCUUGGAGGUGAGAUACAUGAAGUAAAUAGUACGCAUGCUGAAUUGACCAAGGAACUCCAAUCAGUUCAAGGACAACUUGUGGCUGAGAGAUCAAGAUGCUUUAACCUAGAGGCCAAAAUUGCAGAACUUCAAAAGUUGCUGGAAUCAAUGCAGUCUGUGGAAGAUCAGGUACAGGCUCUUCGGCAAAAGAAGUCUGCUUUGGACCAGGAGAUGGAGCAGGCUGCAACUGCUCAGAGGCAGAGUUCUGGUGGAGUUUGGCGAUUGUUUGGUGGGAGUGAAAAAUGAAGAUUGUGAGGGAAAUGCAACUAUGGUGAUUUGAGAGUUUAGUCUCAGAAAUUUCAACUUUUUUACAAGCAGCCGAUUAUUGUGUUAUUUUAGUUCCUGCAGAAAAUGGCAUUUCCUUCUACAAAGCUUUGGGCCGUCAUCUUGUGUUGUAAUGCAUGAUAGAUAAGAUGUUGAGCUUCAAUUUUGAUGGACUGCAACUUUCAAAAGAUGGGUACACAGGGUUUUGGUAUUUGUAAUCCGUACUUUUCACAGGUUUACUUUUGUCUGGUUCAUUUCAUACUCAUGUUUCCAUUGUAUUCGACAGGAUUAACUUUGAUUUCAUUUAUUUGAGUGUUUAUAUUGACAUUUUAAUUUUAUUCACUUGGUUUAUUCCA